AUGGCAAAUCGGUGCAAGGAUUUGCCGGUAGAAUGCUGGGAACUGAUAUUCAGUCGUCUUCAUCACAAAUCCGACUUGGAAUCGUUUUCCGUGGUGUCCAAACAGUUUCUUGCUCUCACAAAUCGUCUGCGCAUCGGUUUAACGGUGAUAGAUUCGACUCUGCUCACCCAUGGUAACAUAUCUAAACUAAUUCAUCGAUUUCCGAAUCUUAAAUCCAUUGAUCUUAGUAAUUUCAGUGGUGACCUUGAUCCUGUUCUUGUUGAUCUUGCCAAUUCCCUUUCGUAUACAUCAAAUCUCGAACGAAUUGAUAUCUCUAAUCAUAAGAAAUUACCGUUUAUGGGUUUGAAGGAGUUAGGGCGGAAAUUAAAGGGUUUGAGGGUUUUGACAUGUAGCAAUCUAACUCUUUUGCGUGAUUCUGAUUUGUAUGUUAUUGCUGAGUUGUUUCCGUUUUUGGAAGAGUUGGACAUUAGCUAUCCGAGUACGGAUUAUGUUUUGGAUUCUGUGUAUAUUGCUUCAGAGGCUAGUAAUUUGGCUGUGACUGAUUCUGGGGUUGAGGUUUUGUCUGUGAAUAUGAGUAAUUUGCGUAAGAUCAAUGUUUCUGGGAAUCAUUUGAUUACUGAUAGGUCGCUUGUUGCGCUUUCUAUUAAUUGUUUGAAUUUGGAAGGACUUGAUAUGGAUGAUUGCCCUUUUAUUACCAUAAAAGGGAUCCUUUCUAUACUGCGUACUUGUGCUGCUUUGAGUUGGAUUUCAGUGUCUGAGAUUCACAUUGCUCAAUCAAGUUCUGGUUUUGAAUGUUUGGCUACUUCUAGCCGAACUUUACAGAAACUAGAAGUUUCCAAUUCCAUUAUAACGGAUGAAUUCCUCUUCAUGGUGGCCAAUGCUUCUCUUCCUCUAAAUACACUUACACUUUGUUGGUGUACAGAUUUCACAUAUUCUGGUAUUUCUAAGUUGUUGUGUGCAUACCAGUCUCUGAAGUACUUAUCAUUGGUUCAAGUAGAUUUUUUGAGUGAUGAGUGUAUGGAUGAUUUAUCCCAAUAUCUACAGUGUAUUGUUACCAUUGAUCUCAGUGGUUGUAUGAGAUUGACCAAUUUGACGUUCUACGCACUUGCAAGAAACUGUCCUUCACUAACGGAAAUUUAUAUGGAAAAUACUGGUUUUGGGACGAAUCAUUGUUUUCAUAAUGAUGUAAAGAACCCGAGAAUCAGGUCUGUUAAUUUGGCAACUAACCAUUACCUAGAUGAUGACUGUCUCAUGAAUGUUGCUUUGAUGUGCCCCAACAUGGACUUUCUUGAUGUGAUAUCAUGUACUAGCCUUACAGAGACAGGUAUUAUUGCUGUUCUUGAGGUGUGUAAUCAGAUAAGGGAUUUGCAACUUGAUAACUGUUCAGGGAUUAAACAUAUCGGAAAAGGUGCAGAAUUGCCUAGUCUUGAGGUAAUAAGUGCAGCUGGUUCAGCAUUAAAUGAUGAAGGUCUGGUCAUGAUUGGAAGCAGAUGUUCUCGACUGCUGAAAUUAAACUUGGAGAACUGUAAAGGAGUGACAGCAGAGGGCUUACAUGCAAUGGUGAAGAACUGUAGAUCAUUGAGAGAGAUAAACCUGAAGAAGUGUCCUCAAGUUAGUAUCAAUUCUCUGAAUAAUUUGGUGUUUUCGUCUUCAUCACUAAGGAGAGUUAUUCCGCCCUGUUGCUCUGCUUUUACUGAUAGCUUGAGGGGAUUUUACUUGCACCAUGGAUGUCGAGUGUACUCAGGCUAG